AGCCAGGUGCUUCUCCUGGUCUCCCAUGGGGUGCAGGGCCCAAGCACUUGGGCCAUCCUCCACUGCACUCCCAGGCCACAGCAGAGAGCUGGCCUGGAAGAGGAGCAGCUGGGACUAGAACUGGUGCCCAUAUGGGAUACCGGCACCGCAGGCGGAGGAUUAACCUAUUGCACCACAGCGCCGGGCCCAUGCUUUAGGUCUUGAGUCUUAGAGCUUUUUGCUUAGGCUCAGGUGUCUAAGACAGACUAUUUUUUUUUUCUUAAAGAGUUACCUUGGAUUUCACAUGAUCUGUUUUGGGCUAGUCCUUUUUCAGUUUGAGCGAAAGGGUGUGAGAGUGCUGCCCUCUGUAGUCCCUCUCCAGAUGUCCCAGCGACUGGGGCUGGACGCAGGCUGGAGCUGCUUGGAGUAGGUUCUUGUGUGCUGGGUGUGUUGGCUGGGAGUCCCGUAAUCUUGUGUAACAUGGGAGGGCUAGGUGGUUUCUCGUGCAGUUUGAUUUCGCGGGGCCGACAUCGCAUAGGAGCGCCAGUCCAAGUCCUGGCUGCUCCACUUCCAGUCCAGCUCCCUGGCCAUGCACCUGGGGAGGCAGCAGCACAGGGCCCAAGCACGUGGGGGACACCUGUGGAUUUCCUGGCUCCUGACUGUGGUGGCCGUGUGGGGAGUUGAAACAGUGGAUGAAAGAUGGAGCUCUGUCUCUCCUCUCUCUCUAGCUCUGCCUUUCAAGUCAGCAAAUAGAAGUCUUUAAAAACCCCAGUUGUCCAGAACCGUUUGUUGGAAAGGCCACACUUCUUGCAUGGAGCGGCUUUGAGCCUUUGGCGUCCGUGUAGGCCGGCUCUGGGCUCCCCGCUGUCUGUCCGUCCUGCAGCGUCGCGCUGUCUCGGUCGCUAUGGCUUCCAUAUCAGAGUGACUUCGUCUGCUUUGGUUUCAAGCCUGUUUCAGCUGUUCUAGGCUUGCGCUUUCUUUAUUUGCUUGAACACGUUGGGCUGAGCGUUGUUGGGGGCUCGGGUCACAGUGGGGAGCCUGGCGUCUUCGCUGUACUGGCCGCGCCUGUCCGGGGAGCGCACCAGGCCAACGUUCAUCGGGGUCGUUUUCUUUCACCGGCACGGCGCGCUCUCAGGCACAGACCUUGUGCAUGCCCGGGUCAGUUUAUACCCAGGUAGUUCAUGCUGUGUGAGGCGGCUGUAGUUUGAGUGUUCACGUGGCUCUUAGCGCCUGACGCCGCGACUGCUGCUUGUGUCCGGGUACCGAGGCUCGGCUUCUCCCAGCAGCCCUGGGGGUUCUCGGGCUUCUCUGCAUCGGCCGUCGAGUUACGUGCAUGUGGGGACGGUGUCAUUCCUCUCGCCUCGUUGCCUGGGCUGAAAUUCCAGCGCUGCAUCGGGUGAGAGCGGGGAGAAGUCAUGCCGUCUAGUGACUCCUCGCACUGGCGCUCUGUGUCGUCUUUUUGUCAGUCUUCCUGGUUUAUCAGUGUUCUUGAUUAUUUCUUUGUAACCAGAAAGAACUGACUUUUUUUUUUUUUUUAAGAUUUAAUUAUUUGAAAGGCAGAGUUACAGAGAGAAUGUUCCAUCCACUGGUUCACGCCCCAAAUGGCCGUAAUGACUGAAGCCCGGGGCUUCUUCCAGGGUGCAGGGGCCCGAGGACGUGAGCCAUCCUCUGCUUUCCCAGGCCUUAGCAGGGAGCUGGAUCAGAAGUAGAGCAGCUGGGACUUGAACCGGCGCCCAUAUGGGAUACAGGCACUGCAAGCCACGGCUUAGCCCACUACACCCCAGUGCCGGCCCCAAGAACAAACUUUGUAUCCCAUUCAUUUUAUUGAGGGUUUUCCUGUUUUAGGUUUCAUUUAUUUGUGCUCUCUAUUGUUUUUUUUUUGUUUGUUUGCUGUGGACUCAUUUCAUGCACUUCUUGGUGGAGAGACGUGCAUUAUUUAUGGAGGCCUUUCCCCUUUGCUAGCACAAACAUUUCAAGUGCUGUGAAUUUCCGUCUCGGCAUGGUUUUAGCUGUGUCCACGUAUUUCCGUGUUUAGUUUGAUUUCCAUCAGUUCAUGUCUGUGUUGCUUUGUUCUGAGAUGGCUCUUGGAGCCGCGGGCUCCAGAGGAGAGCUGUGGCUUCCUGUGUUCAGAGAUUGUCCUGCCGCCUCUCUGUUGCUGAUUUCUAGUGUGACUCCAGGGUCAGAGCGUGUGGAGGUGUCCAUCAGGGUGGGCCGACGUCAUCUGUCCACGUGGUAUCAGGGUCAGAGUGUGUGGAGGUGUCCGUUGUGGGUGGGCCCACGUCAUCUGUCUACGCAGCAUCAGGGUCAGAGUGUGUGGAGGUGUCCGUCGGGGGUGGGCCCACGUCGUCUGCCGUCCACGUGGUAUCAGGGUCAGAGCGUGUGGAGGUGUCCGUCAGGAGUGGGCCCAUGUCGUCUGCCAUCCACACAGCAUCAGGGUCAGAGGGCAUGUGGAGGUGUCCAUCGGGGGUGGGCCCACGUCAUCAGCCGUCCACACGGCAUCAGGCUCAGACAGUGUGGAGGUGUCCUUCGGGAGUGGGCCCACGUCAUCUGCUGUCCACACAGCAUCAGAGUCAGAGGGUGUGGAGGUUAUCGUCGGGGUGGGGCCCACGUCUUCUGCCGUCCACACAGCAUCAGGGUCAGAGUGUGUGGAGGUGUCCAUCGGGGUGGGGCCCACGUCAUCUGCUGUCCACACAGCAUCAGGGUCAGAGGGUGUGGAGGUUAUCGUCAGGGGUGGGGCCCACGUCGUCUGCCGUCCACACGGCAUCAGGGUCAGAGCGUGUGGAGGUGUCCAUCGGGGUGGGGCCCACGUCGUCUGCCGUCCACACGGCAUCAGGGUCAGAGCGUGUGGAGGUGUCUGUCGGGGUGGGCCCACGUCGUCUGCCGUCCACGCAGCAUCAGGGUCAGAGAGUGUGGAGGUGUCUGUCGGGGUGGGCCCACGUCGUCUGCCGUCCACGCGGCAUCAGGGUCAGAGCGUGUGGAGGUGUCCAUCGGGGUGGGCCCACGUCGUCUGCCGUCCACGCAGCAUCAGGGUCAGAGCGUGUGGAGGUGUCUGUCGGGGUGGGCCCACGUCGUCUGCCGUCCACGCAGCAUCAGGGUCAGAGAGUAUGGAGGUUAUCGUCGGGGUGGGCCCACGUCGUCUGCCGUCCACGCAGCAUCAGGGUCAGAGCGUGUGGAGGUGUCCAUUGGGGUGGGCCCACGUCGUCUGCCGUCCACGCAGCAUCAGGGUCAGAGCGUGUGGAGGUGUCCAUCGGGGUGGGCCCACGUCGUCUGCCGUCCACGCAGAGUCUACUAAAUGAUCCGUGUGUUCCUUGAAAUUUUCGAGGACCUCGCCUGUGUAUGACCUCAGCUUUUUACACUUCUAAAUUUAGAAAAAUUAUUUCGUUAAUCUUGAAAAAGAAGCUUAAAAAAUAUUUAUUUGAAAGGUAGAACUAGAGAGAGAGAGAGAGAGAGAGAGAGAGAGAGAGAGAGACCAGCCUUUCAUUGACUGGUUCAUUCCACAGAUGACUGCAGUGGGCUGGGCCCACGCUCCAUCCAGGUCUCCCAUGUGGGUGGCAGGGGCCCAAGUACCUGGACCAUCCGCUGGCUCCCCGGUGCAUCAGCCGGGAGCUGGGUGGGAAGUGGGGCAGCCAGGACUCAAGGCGGCAGUGGCCCCUCUGAUGUUUUUUGAGGGUUGUCGAAUGGCUCGGUGUGUGGUCUCGUGACGGGGAAUGCUUGCCGAUGUGCCUUAGCUGGCUUCGGUGUCCUUGCUGACUUUGAGUUUAGUGGACCCAACAGGUGCUGAGAGUGAGGUCUGCAAGGGCGGCUGUCUCUGUGGAUUUGUGCGUCUCUCCUUGCGCUGUCAGGUUUCACUUUGUGUAUUCUGGGGUUCCAGCGUGUGGUGGGUGCAUCAACUUUUGGGAUACUGAUGUCUUCCUGGGAGAUUGACCCUUGUCUCCUGUCGUUUUCUAUCCUUGAAGUCUACUGUGGCAGAUAUUUCAAUGUAGCCACCCUUGUUUUUGUUACAACUUCCAUGGUACAUGCUUGUCCAUCCUUUUACUUUUAACCUACCUAUGUUUUAAAGUGAGUUUCAUAUAGACAAGCUUAAUUUUUCCUCCCCUCUGUCAAUCUCAAUUAACUUGUAGAUUUAGAUCAUUAUAUUUAAGGGAAGGUCUUUGUUAAUAUACUCAGGAAUAAUUUACUCUUCUCUGUUUUGUUUUUGUUUCUUAGUGCUUUCCUGUGAGUUAAACAUUGUGGGGUUGCAUCGUGCCUGGUCUUUACUUUGUCUGGUUAUAAUAUACUCUGUCAUUUUCUUGUUAGUUGUAGGUUUGUUGCAAACGUGUAUGACCUAUCCAAGUCUGUUGUCAUUGGUGUUUUAUGAAACUUUAUUUCUGUUCAGGUUUCUUUGCCUUCCCAACUUCUCAAAUACAGAUGUCUUGUUGUUUCGUGUUAGACUUGGGGCGCCACAUUGGUUUUGUGUCAGUCAUUACGAGUGACUAAAGGGGCUGGCGCCAUGGUGUAGUGGGUGUAGCCUCUGCCCUCCAUGCUGGAGUCCCACACGGGCACCGGUCGAGUCCCGGCUGCCCCGCUUCCUGUCCAGCUCCCUGCUAAUGAGCCUGGGAGAGCAGCCGCAGGCGGCCCAAGCGCGCAGCCUGCUGAAGUCAUGAGAGACUUGCAAGAAGCUCCGGCCCCAGCGGUGUGGCCAUCUGGGGAGUGACCCAGCACAUGGACCAUCUCUCUCUCCCUCUGUAGCUCUGCCUUUCAAAUAAAUAAAUAAAUAUUUUUAAAAGACAGACUCCUAAGGGGCUGGUGUUGUAGUGCAGCGGAUAAAGCCGCACCUGCGGCACUGGCAUCCCGUGUGGGUGUCGGUUUGCACCCCGGCUGCUAAGCUUCCUGUCCAGCUCCCUGCUCCUGCUUCUGGCCUGGGAAAAGCAGCAGAUGGCCCCAGUGUUUGGGAGCCCUGCCACCCGUGCGGGAGCCCAGGUGAAGCUCCUGUUUCAGCCGGCUGGGGAGUGAUCCAGCAGAUGGAAGACUCUCUCUCUCUCUCUCUCUCUCUCUCUCUCUCUCUCUGUCUCUCUCCCUAACAUCUCUGACUUUCAGAUAAACAAAUUCUUAAAGAAACUGGUAAGAAGGAUGUGUGCCCAGCCCUCUACCUGUGCUGCUGGUCUGUCUGUCCUGCAGUUCUGAGCCUUUUUCUCUCCCGUCCUUUCUGUGCAGAGCCUCCGUUUGCCGGCAGCUUGUUUACUUGGAACAGCUCUUAGCUCGCUUUCAUCUCGCUGCAGAGUUCACAGCCAACUCUGAUCCUGGAGACACGGCCACAUUGUUCUGACCCUUGGACUCAGUGAGCAGGCCGCUGUCGUUUGAGUGGCGUCCCUGCCUAAGUUCACACAUUGUUUCUGUCUGCUUUUGAGAUUUUUCCCGUGGCUCCAGUUUCCAGAAGUUUAAC